CACAUGCAGAUGUACAUACCCAUACGCACAGAAAGCGAGAGACAGGGACUGACAAAGAGAGAAAGAGAGAGCGUGUUUCCGACGGGGAUUCCGCUAUGGAGCUGCAAGCGUAACAAUAGUGAGCAACCAAGAGACACUUGCAUGCGUCUCUGUGCUAUGACCGAAGACUGUCAACUUGCGGAGUGCCCAUCCACUUGCACCUGAUGGAGUCUUCUCGACGGCCAUGGGCUUCUGCGCUUGGCACAAAUCACAUCGUCGGCAUUUAGCCUCGGGACAAUCCCGUUCUUGGCCUAUUCACUUCCCUGCUUGCUUGUAAUGAUCAAGCAAGAACGUAGUAUAUGCAAGCUGUGCGGGGAGAUGGCGCAUCAAGCCACCCUUUCGUGCGAGCAGUUUUUGCAGAAUCGGCACGCUGAGCUUAUUCUUGCCUAAACUUACGCGAACGAAUCAGGACUCCUGUUUGCUUGCGCCGUGGCUAUUCUUGCCAAGUGCCAAUGCAAAAUGCUCGCCGCAAAUGGCUCAAAGGAGAUUCACCGAGUCUUGCAUGCUUCUCCAUGUCGUGGACUUAGAUGAUCGGCACACACUUUCCUCUCUCUCUCGGGCGCUUUUAAGCCGGGAUGUGCUUGGACUGCUUCUUUCAUUUAUCCCCUCUAGCUUUUAUCCUCUGCUUGUAUGUCUUGCACGCUGCCGAGCCUUAAACACGUAAUUACUCUUGUGAUUUUCGCUAGUCGUCAUGGUGAACGAUCUGGAUGAGAAGUCUGGUCGUAUAAGUCCGGACGAGGAGAGAACUCAGGAUCGCGCAGAUGACGUCCUAGCGCUAGAGUACCGUAGCCUACCACCAGAUCCUGAUGCGCACCUCAGUCCACAGGAGAAGGCCGCUCUUGUAUGCAAAAGUCAGAUUCAACUCGAGACCUACCUUUUAACGAAGUCGACAGGAGAAGAAGCUGAUCCGCAAGCUGGACUGGUAUCUAAUCCCGUGGUUGUCGUUUUUGUACCUCAUAUCCUUUUUGGACCGCACCAACAUCGGCAAUGCAAAAAUCGAUGGUCUUGUAAAGGACCUUCACAUGACCAACAACCAAUACAACAUCUGCCUUACGGUCUUCUUCAUUAGCUACUCCCUCUUUGAACCGCUGACCAACAUUCUUUUGAAGCGACUACGGCCUUCGAUCUUCCUGCCCAUUAUCAUGGUACUAUGGGGAAUCUGCAUGGUUACAAUGGGGCUCUGUCAUAAUUUCGGUGGCAUGGUAACGGCUCGUUUUUUCCUUGGUCUCACCGAAGCGGGUCUCUUCCCGGGUGUGAAUUACUACCUGUCAUGUUGGUACAAGAGAUCAGAGUUCGGAAUACGAGCUGCCAUAUUUUUCUCUGCCGCAGCCUUCGCCGGCUCCUUCGGCGGUCUUCUCGCCGCUGCGAUUGCUCAAAUGAAAGGCGUAGGCGGUAAACCUGGGUGGGCAUGGAUCUUCAUCCUAGAAGGUCUUGCCACUGUCUUGGUUGGCAUAGUCUCUUACUGGAUGGUCCACGAUUUUCCCGACGAAGCAACGUUUCUCUCCCUGGACGAACGUGCAAGAGUUCUGCGGCGACUUGCAGAAGAUAAACAGGGCAGCGCACUUCACGAGGAUUUCAAAAUGGAAUACUUUUGGGCCUCUGUCAAAGACUGGAAAACAUAUUUGUUUGCAAUCAUUUACAUGGGUGCGGAUGGAUCUCUGUACGCAUUCAGUCUAUUUGUCCCAAGUAUCAUCAACGAGCUUGGCUAUACGUCCACCCAAGCAAAUCUUCUCUCGGUGCCACCAUACUUCGUCGCGGCAAUACUAACAGUGCUUGCUGGCUGGUAUGCUGAUCGAACUCGCCGUCGCGGAUUAACAAAUAUAGCGGUAUCUAUUCUUGGAAUUGUUGGCUUUUCCAUGCUCCUUGGUGUCAAGCACGCAGGUGUUAAAUAUGCAGCUGUGUUUUUGGGAGCCAUGGGGAUUUACCCAGCCAUCGCCAACACUAUAUCUUGGUGUUCAAAUAAUGUAGAAGCUAGCUACAAACGGGGAGUCACACUUGGCUUUGUGAUUGGAUGGGGUAAUCUGAAUGGAGUCGUCUCGUCAAACAUUUAUCGACAAUCAGAUGCGCCGGGAUAUCGACGUGGACACGGUGUAGUGUUAGCCUACCUCGUCCUAUUUCUAUUCGGAGGCAGCAUAUUUACAACCUUAGCGCUGCGGAAGGAGAAUAAAAAGCGUCUUAAUGGUGAACGGGAUUAUUGGGCGGAAGGUAAAACUCCUGAGGAGAUCCACGCGCUUGGUGAUAAGCGUCCAGAUUUCAUCUACGUGGUGUGAGGAUUAAGGUGGGAAAUUACCUUUUUCAAAAGAGGCCCUUGGCACUUGAUACUGUUCAGGAUUCAAAGCUCUAGGACAAGAUCAAAUUGAUGAUAUAUGUGUG